UUUAGUUUGUAGGAAACUAUUUUGAGAUGCAGCAUCUUGUUUGGUGUUUUUUGUUUAAAGUAAAUAUCCAAUGAGCAAAUUAAUCAAUGUAAUACAUUUAUGCUGAUUAUUUGAGCAAUAGAUCUUUCUUUAACCUGUUGAUCCAUUUCUCUUUUCCACAAUCCAUGUAAGUUUAAAACAAAAUAUGGCUUUGACUUCAGUGGCCUUCUUGUUGUGAUAAUCUUCUUUUGUGAUCCGUUUUCCCAUCUUGAAAGUGAUUCUUUUUUGUUUACCCAUUAGUAAUUUAAGUGAUCAAUUUUGUAGUGAUAUAUUAUCGGACAAAUUUUAAUUUUGUGACAAUGAUGAGUAAAACGGGUUACACUUGUAUCAGACGGAGUCUGUGUUUCUUUAAUUUCAUUUUCUGGGUUAGUGGCGCCGUUCUCUUUGCCUUUGGUCUAUGGUUAAAUUUAUCUCUCAACAGUUACUCCAGGGUUUUAAGCCCUUACCAUCUUUUAUCAGCCGGUAAUCUUAUGAUAGCUGUUGGAUUCCUUGUGUUCUCAGUCUCUUUAUGUGGCUUAUGUGGUUCAUGGUUUCAAAACAAAUGGCUUCUUGGUGCCUUUCUAUUCACUAUUGUGCUUAUCAUGGCAUUAGAAGUUGUAACUGCCAUUUUGGGUUAUGUCAUACGGGACUCUAUUCGUGAUACACUUCGAGAUGAGCUUCUCGUUGGUAUUAAAUACAAGUAUAAUGUAAAUGAUACCAAUGGUCUAGUUUCAUUUUGGGACGCUGUUCAAACUAAUUUGGAUUGCUGUGGUGUCAACUCCCACAAAGAUUGGUUUAAAAUUGACGCCUGGAAAGAUGAGAACAGAGUACCACAGUCAUGUUGUAAUCCCGCAAUUACAACUACUAAUUUAUAUUGUGAAGAAGGUGACCUACGGGAACAUGGAUGUUAUGUUAGACUUAAGCGUGCUCUCCUGGAAAAUCUUCAUUGGGUUGCUAUCACUUGUGUUGUAUUUGCAUUUGUCCAAUUUUUCUCAGUUGUAUCAUCUCUUUUGAUGAUUUGUACAGUUGACCACAGAAGAAAUUACCGUCCAGGCAGUAAUAACCGUUCUCCAACUUACAAUCGAGUGCCUACUUUAAUGAAUUCCUUUAUUGGAUCAACGACCAAAUACGGUCUCAUCUUCUUCAACUUCAUCUGUCUGGUAUUUGGCCUGCUUUGUAUUAUUUUUGGUGCCCUAGCUCGAAGCUCAGCAAACUAUGGAGAUGUCUUGGCUGUUGGGCAAGGCCCCGCUAACAUGAGCAUCAUUGUUGGUGUUUGUGUGUUUGUUAUUUGUUUCUUGGGAUGCUGUGGUGCCUUGAAAGAAAAUCGUUGUAUGCUAAUUACUUUUGGCUGUAUCGUUUUCCUCUUGGUCAUCGUUGAAUUCGCUAUUGGUGGAUUUGCAUACAAAUAUCGAAACAAACUUGAGGAUGUAUCUGUUGACCAAUUCAAGGGAAUGAUCGAGAAAGCUGAAACGGAAGCUGGAAAGGAUUUAAAGAAAAACCUCGAUGAUCUUCAGAGUAAUUUGAAGUGUUGUGGAGCUGUUAAUGCUAGUGAUUGGGGAUCUUUUGAUAAAAUUCCUGACUCUUGUUACGAAGACAAAAAAGCCAAAAAAGUCUACGCUGAAGGUUGUGUACAAGCAAUUAAGGAAACUCUUGCCCCUGCUAUGAAAGUAUUAUCUAUUACCGUCAUCAUAUUCGCUUGUAUUCAAGUUCUUGGAAUUCUUGGUUCAUGUUGUGUUGCAUCAUGUAUUCGACGGGCACAAUAUGACCAUGUUUAAGCAAAAGGGAGUCAUUAAUAAUCUCGAUUGAAACACCUAUGUAAAUCCUAUACAAUUUGUAGACCAGUGACUUACUACACUGGCUACUCAGAGUUAAAAAUUUUGCCAAAACUCUCAGACUAUCUUUUGCCAUAUUAAUAUCCAAUAACAAUGAUAAUGCAUCAUUCGAGAAGAUUGUUUUUCUAUGAUAAGAUUUCAACUCAUUACACCUAUUUUUCACUCUGUAUUUGUGAAGGAAUUUCAAACGGUUAAGUAAAGCUAAUUUUUUUAUAAAACAUAAA